AUGAAUCUUCUUAUAUUCAUUAUUUUUUUACUUUUUCCUAUAUCAAACUCAAUAAGACCAGAAAAUGAGGGUUUCAAUAAUAAAAUAAUUUUUGAGAACAAAAGAAUUUUAGUUAUAGAAAUUGCAGGUAAAAUUAACAAACUUGAAGAAGGCUUAAAACGGAAUAGCCUUAAUAAUACUCUUAACUCAAUCAAUAAUAAAGUUUCUGAAGAAUUAACUAAAGGGUUACUUGGGUAUGUUAGUAAGCAUACACUUGCAAACUUUAAAGACCCAACAAAUAUGGGAGAAAAUGUAUCCGAAUUAAGAAAUAGCUCAGAUUUAGAAAUUGAUUCUAAGAAUAACACAGAACAUAAAGGUGCCGAUGAAGUUCAAAUAAAUGGUUUAAACUCCAAAUUAGACAAUAUUUCGAAUAGUAUUGCGAUUACUCGUUUCCAGACAUAG